CUUGUGACGGCAAUCUCUCUGUUGCUAACAUUUGUUUCCCUACUAAAAAUUAGUGCUAAACCUUGCAGGGAAAAAUGGGUCUCUAAGAACUGUUCUUUAAUGCCACUUCGAAAACUUCAGAAACGGAUCUUUGUGGGACCACAGGAGCCCACCCAGAGGGCAAGUGUUCUCUGAGUCUGCUGUGGAUCGACACCCUUGUGCCGUAGGCCAGAUGAAACGCAAACAAGCCACUGGCCGUCAAAAGCCCAGAACCCCAGAGGGGCAUCUUACUUUAGUGGCUUUUGAAAAUAUCUGUUUAUCCAUAUUCCUUAUCUUAAGAAGCAUAAUUAAUAUGCUCUUCUUUUUCUGCUUAACAGAGUUUGGCCAAAAUAAACCUCACUAAACAGACUAUGACCGAAAUCACAUCCAUUUUAAUUGACUGGCCCGCAUCAGACACUCUUUUUACCAAUUAAAAGUGGUUGCUUUUCCCCCUCCCUGAACAAGACCAAAAAAGGACAAGGGCUAAAAAACAUGGUAUUCUCUUAUACCUAUGGACCAUAACAUUUCAAACGUUGUUGAGUCCUGUUUACGGCUACAUUGUGUUGUUUUUAAUCAUCUGCUCACCAUAAGUCUCUAGGAACCUGACUACAUUCUUUAGAGGAGGACGGCACGUAUGUUUUUCAGCCACUGCGUUAUUUUAUGAAACAACAGCAGAUCAGCAUCAAGUUUGAUGCUGUUGAUGAGGGCCAAGUACACCAUGUUUUAGGGGGUGGGGGGACAACAAUAGGGUGUUUUCAGAUGUUGUUAAAGUAGGAGCUACUUCUGGCCCCUGAAGCAGUGCGAUGCUGGCUUCGUAUGCCACCUCGUGCUUCUGGGAGGGAAAUUCAGCAGUGAGUCAGGACAGGGCACUCUCUGUAGGCAGUCGGCCUUUUCACAGGCUCCGGGUAGCUAUUUCCAUGGCUGACAACUGUGUUUCCAUCUGCCCAAGUUUUCCUCUCUCGCAGCCUCAUUACUCUGUGUUACAACCUGCAGGCUCUUCUCACGAAGUUGCCGGGAACUCCGAGAGCUCCUUCAGUGGGGUGAGGCCCUCACCACCAGCCGGGUUUGAACCCCGAGCUUCUGCUUCCCCAGGGAGUGACGGCUCGGGCUGAGUUCGAGCACACUGACUAAGGGUUCUGGAAGAGAGGAGCUAAGAGGCAAAGGUGAAUAUGGUUUUUGCUCAAAGAAUGGAUAACAGCAAGCCGCCUUUGGUUACCCCUACGCUCCCGGUGCCCCUGCAGAACCACAGCUGCUCCGAAACAGCCACCGCUCUGCCAAGCUAUGACCGGAUGGAAGUCCCCGAGGAGCGCGGGUGGGACAGCAACAGGACGGAGCUGCAGUACGGCCUGAAGCCCGGGGAAGUGGCUGCCGCCAGCAUAUUCUUUGGGAGCCUCUGGUUGUUUUCCGUCUUUGGCAAUUCGCUGGUUUGUUUGGUCAUCCACAGGAGCAGGAGGACCCAGUCCACCACCAACUACUUCGUGGUCUCCAUGGCGUGUGCCGACCUUCUCAUCAGCACGGCCAGCACGCCCUUCGUCCUGCUGCAGCUCUCGGCCGGGAGGUGGACGCUGGGGAGUGCCAUGUGCAAGGCCGUGCGCUACUUUCAGUACCUCACCCCGGGCGUGCAGAUCUACGUGCUCCUCUCCAUCUGCAUAGACCGCUUCUACACCAUCGUCUACCCGCUGAGCUUCAAGGUGUCCAGGGACAAGGCCAAGAGGAUGGCCGCGGCCGCGUGGAUCUUCGAUGCCGCCCUGGUGACCCCCGUCUUCUUUUUCUACGGCUCCAGCUGGGACAGCCAUUGUGACUAUUUCCUCCCUUCCUCCUGGGAAGGCACUGCCUAUGCCGUCGUCCACUUCUUGGUGGGCUUUGUGAUUCCAUCUGUGUUCAUCAUCUUAUUCUACCAACGGGUCAUCAAGUAUAUUUGGAGACUGGGCGCUGAUGGCAGGACAGUGCGGAGGACAAUGAACAUUGUCCCGAGGACAAAAGUGAAAACCAUCAAGAUGUUCCUCAUUUUGAACCUAUUGUUCUUGCUCUCCUGGCUGCCUUUUCACGUCGCUCAGCUCUGGCACCCCCGUGAGCAGGACCACAGGCACAGUUCCCUUGUCUUCACGGCCAUCACUUGGAUAUCCUUUAGUUCUUCAGCCUCCAAGCCGACUCUGUAUUCGAUUUAUAACGCCAACUUCAGGAGGGGGAUGAAAGAGACUUUUUGCAUGUCCUCAAUGAAAUGUUACCGGAGCAAUGCCUAUACAAUCACAACCAGUUCAAGGAUGGCCAAAAAAAACUAUGUGGGCAUUUCAGAAAUCCCUCCCACGGCCAAGACUCUAACCAAAGACUCAAUCUAUGAUUCCUUUGACCGAGAAUCCAAGGAAAAAAAGCUUGCUUGGCCCAUUAACUCAAAUCCACCAAAUACUUUUGUCUAAUUUCUCAGACUUCUUCCAAGUAUUGUUAUGCACCAGUUAUUAAAAAAGUUUCACU